GCCGAACUGAGCAAACGCCAGUGGAGGAAAUUGCUCCUAAGAUGUCAACAUUGCUUUGCCACCCACUCGAAAUCGAUUGUAUUACCUUCAAGAAGGUGGCUCCUCGUAUAAAUAGGGACGCAUUAUUUCGAGAAAGACGGUGGUGAGGCGCAAUCGGUUGGGUGCUCUCUCUUUCUCUCUCUCUCUCUCUCUCUCUCUCUCUUCCUCUCGGGAACUAUACAGACAACGCCUGGAAGAAUUUGCAAAAGACAACCGUGUCCACUCUUCAGGACAUACGCAUCUUUAACGCCUGAACUAACGGUGAAGUCAUGCAGGUGGAGAGGAAAUGGCACAUACUGUUGACUAUCUUCUUUCUGCUCAUCACCUCGGGCCAGUGCAUGGACAGCAAGGAGGUCAAGCAGAAAGAGAGAAGGACCCUGUUGGAUCUAAUCUUGCAGGUUAUCAGAGACAGCAAGCAGCGGGACAAACCCAUCUCCCGGCGCUGCAGCAGUGGACUCCUCACCUCAUCCCAUGACAUGAAGUUCUCCUCCCGUGAAAAGCCUUUCUAUGUUCCAAGGCUGGAUAACACUAGACUCAUAGAAAUAGUUCCUCGAGAUGUAAACAUGAAGGGCAAAUUCAUUCAGCAUUUCACAGGACCAGUCAAGUUCUCGUCGGAGUGCAGAACACACUUUCAUAGACUUUAUCACAACACAAGGGACUGCUCGCGGCCAGCAUAUUACAAAAGAUGCGCAAGAUUGCUAACUCGAUUAGCAAUGAGUCCGCUCUGCAUGCAAUCGUAAAUGUUGCAUGUUGGAAAAUAAUGGAAGAAGGAUCAACGUGUUGCCAAGGAAGUGCCUUCAAAUCCAAAGCAGUCACAUGAACAUUGUUGUGUGUAUAGUGUUUUUAUUUUUGUUUUUUUCCUCGUUGUCAAUACAAAAAAUGCUGAUCGACCUCGCUGGUUGUUUGUGAAUGGGUUUGCUUUUUUUUAUUUUGAUGUAUCUGUAUGUACCAUAUACAUUAGUAUUUGUAAGGAAACAUUAAUUUAAUAUUAAAUACAUAUAUUUAUUGAAAGGUUAUGUAUAUAAUAAUUUCACAAACCAUUCAAAAUCAGAUUAUUUUGUUUAUAAAAGUUAUCUUCUUUUCCUCUGAGGCCGUUAUUAUGUUCUCAAACUGAUCAUGCUCCAUCAU